AUGGAUUAUCAUAUUUGUGCAGAACCAGAGUGCCAAAAUCCUCCUUUGGUUUGUUGCAGUUGCAAUAAUCAGCCUUUUCAAAUUUGCAGAGAUCAUAUAAGCGAUCAUAUAAUUAAAUAUGGAGCCUUAACUCAUCAUUAUGAAAGUAUUGGCCUUCAAAAAAACGAAGCUUAUAAACUUCAAAAAAUUUCAAAGGAUUUAAAUGCGUAUUCUCAAGCUAUAAAAUCGCUAAAAAUAACUCUUGACCAGAAGUUUAACAGUCUGAAAGGGAAAAUUGAUGAGAUUCUUACCAGACUAGACAAUGCAAUUCACUACAUUAAAACUAUAAAGAAUAAUAUAGAUAAAGAAAACCAGAAUGUAAAAAAAUUUGCCAAAAAGCAUAUGAAUUUAAUAUCUGAAGAAAUAGCGAACUUAGAAGCUGAUAUCAAUACAAUUGAAGAUAUAAAAAUUUCAGCUUCAAAAAUUCCUUCUUUAUUAGAAGAGGAAGAAAAAGGUCCAGAAGAUAAAACAAGGUUAAAAAUAGAUGAAUUUAGUGCUUCUUCAAUAUUCCAGCUCUUUGAUUCUCUUGAUGAAAACAAUUUGUAUGAACUUGAGCAGGAUAAUUUUAAUAAAAUCAAUAUUUGCAAUAGAGAUGACAUUUUAAAUAAUUUUGAAACUUUAACAGAAAAAAAAUUAUAAUUUUAUGCGCUUGAAGCUAGCUGAUCGGAAGAGAGCCCUUGGCUGAGACACCAUAUUUAGCAUGCCUUAUAGGCUUUUGCAAAUCCAGAAAUUGGCAUAAUACUAGGUAAGAAACACUAGUAGAGUGCAGGGCCUAACUUUUCUGGAAAUAGUUUUAUACUUUUCUGGUGAGCUAUAGAAGUAAAGCGAAUUAGAUUAAACAGAAAAGCAAUCAAAUUUGCUUUGCAACAUCAUUUUUUCAACCAGAGUUAACAAGAAUUUAGCCUUAGCUGCAUCAAACGCCAUGUCAAUUUUAGUUAAAUCAAAAUUCUCAUUUGAUAAUAAAGAUUUUACAAAUGUAAAAAUACCUUAUGCAAAUUUAUCUGGUGGGAUAUUUUUUAAUACCGAUUUUAGCGGUUCUGAUUCAAGCAUAUCAACCGAUUGUUUAAACGUCAUAUCAAAAGGCACCAAAAUCCCUAACUUGGAACGAAACGGACUGAGAAAUUUAUCAAUUUCCCAUAAUGAAGAAUAUAUCGCUGCAACUCAUAAUAAAAAAAUCUAUAUAUGGGAUUUAAAUACUAAAGAAAAAAUUAAUGAGAUUACAGAAGAUUCUGCAUAUUUAAUAUUCACAAAAGUAUCAUGAUCAUAUGAUGAUAUAUAUUUAGUAACAGGAGAUUAUGAAGGAACUGUUUUUAUAUGAGAAUCUAUAACUGGCAAUUUAUUUGCAAAAAUAAAACAUGAUAAAGGCCUGAUACCAUGCAUUUUAUGAACCCCAGAUGAUGACUACAAAAUAGCUUUAUGCUGUUAUCAACAUAUAGCAGUUAUAAAUUUAGUUGGAGAAAUUGUUUUUAAGCAACAUCUUGGAUGUAAUACUACCAUAAUUGCAUGAUCUCAAUCUGGCACAUAUAUAGCUUGCUAUUCUGGGAAUAAUUGAAUCAAUAUAUGAAACAUAAAAGAUAGCAAAGAAUAUAAACAUAAAAUAAAAAAUAUAUAUGCAUUGGAGUGAAUUUAUAAAGAUGAUUACUUGGCAUUUGCUGGAAAAGAUUGUUAUAUUUAUAUUUGAAAUUUUAUUUCAGAUGUAAUGACUUGAAGACUUGCCAAUAAUAAACUAGAGCAUCCAAUAAAAGUACUGGAAUGAAAUAAAAAAUUAAAACUCUUAGCAGUUGGAUGUUUUAACGGAUUUAUAAAUUUAUGAGGCUUAUUUAGGGAUAAAAAUACAAUCUAUCAAAAAUGUGAAAUAACAUUUAGAGGUCAUUCAAGAGAUAUAACAGCUCUUUCAUGGGCAAGCCAUUUUUUAGUUUCAGCAGGUUUAGACGGCACUAUAAGCAUUAGAAAUAUAAAGAUUGAUUUUGAUAUAGAAAAAUUAACCGAAAAUUUGUGUUGGGCAACUCAGAUAUUUAAUUAA